UCGGAUAUUAUGAGUACGGAAACACAAACGCGUCAAAAGAGCACCACUGGCAUUCGGAAAAAGCCGUUUGCCGUGCCUCCGGUCAAGGUAGCAUGUCUAUCAUGUGCAAUCACAGAGGCAAGGAAUGCGUAUAUGUUCAGAGUCGACGAGGCGGUGCUCGCGUGCCGCGCAGCAAGAAGCAAGAGCACGAGAAAGCUGAUUUCGUCAAGAUUGCACAGGAGUGUNUUUGAUGAGUCUGUGCCGACGAUGGUGAAGCCUGGCGCUGGAUUGACACAACUUGAUCUAAAUCUUGACAAUACGGAUACGCUGUUUGACAGCAUAUUCACAGCAGCGCCUAUACCUCAGACCAUCGAAUUGGACAAUACUAUACCCCGACAAACUGGCUCANNACUGGAUGCUUACUAUAUAUGGUUGCAUCCCUACUUUCCAAUUCUUCCACCAUCAAAAUCUUCUCAACCGCUGGACAACCCGCAACUCUGGUUUCCAGGAUCUUCAGAAUCAGUGUUUGAAUCUCUGUCGCCAGCUGCUCUCGCAAUUUCGGCAAUCUUGGCUUUGAUCCCUCAUCCAGAGGAAUACGCACCUUUCGAGGAAGAAAGCAUCAAAGCCCGCAGAGAGGCCGCUCACUCGUUUGCCAAACGCACGUUAGAGAGCAUAGAGAGCGAUUCUGAGAUACCCAAUUCUUCGACCUCACCAGCGCAGGCGCUCUUGGAUGAGAAGGUAUAUUUCUCACGGCCUGCUUUCCAUCCAAGGAUGCCGAUUGAGGCGGAGAGUGUAGUUGCGCUGAGUAUAUUGAGUGUGUAUGAGUAUGCUCAGCGUGGCAAUAUUACGAAGAUGAGAGAUCGGGCUGGUCAGGCACUCAUGAUGGCUAUGAAUCUUUCGUUGCAUGAUCGUGGUACUGAGCUUGAUGCUUUUGCCGAAGCGAGGAGUAGGAUAUGGUGGAUGAGCUACAUCUGUGCUUGUCAGGCUUCCAUCGUCAGCUCUGCGCCACCGGCAAUACCGCUGUUUGACCCUCGCUUCACAACCACAUUCCCGCAAUCACCGGAUCCAGAAGCAUGGCCCUUCUUCAUCAAGUCGCAACAGACCAUCCUCCUGGCAACACAGUUUGUUUCUGCAGUUGGUCGCGCCGUCGACGGUCGAGAAGACUGGACAGACAUCUCCAACCGUAUGCAAGAACUGCACAACACAAUCGAACCUCUGAUCGCCCAAUCGCAUAACUGGGCAGACACCAAACCGGAUACCCAUGAUCCUGAAGCCAUUGUUGCAUACUCAUUAAAGCAAAUGUCCAAGAUCAAGUUGAACAGGUAA